CACAGUGCUAGGAUUACAGGUGUGAGCCACUGCGCCCUGCCAAGAAGGUGCUUGCUUGUGUGGAUAGUUGUUGCAUUAGGUGUUCGUGCAGGUGGAUGAUCACUGGAGGUUUCUAUUUGACCGUCUUGCUCCGCCCUAAAAAUCUAUUCAAAAAUCUUGAAGGAUGCUAACACCCAGCAGCCGCUCUAGUUUGUUGGUUACUGCGUGUGUGCUGGGUUCAGCUGUUUGCUCGGCCACUUUCCCAGACCCUGGUAAGAGAGCAGUGAAUAUAAUAGACAUAGAGCUCACCCCUUGAAACCCGCAGUUUUGGGAGCAAGGGGAUGCUAAGCAAACAGCUCCCAAACAAGUUAUUGAUGACAACAUUGGUGGGUGUCGGGAAAGCAGAGCACAGGCGGCCAAGAAAGGCUCCACGGGGGUCCGAACAUAGCCUGGCGGUUAGUGUGGAAUUAGCCAAUCUGUAGGGGUGAACACUAAAGCUUUCAUAUGUAAUUAUGUGUGCAGAUGCAUACAGCCAGGGUACACAUACUUUUCUUUGCAUCAGCAGUACUAUAAGAUUGAAACCUUAGAAAUGCCACAUUAAAAUCUAUUCUCAUUCUUCAUGUGAACAAACUUUUGUAGAAUUUUUCAAUAGAAAUUGCAAGUAAUGAUGGAAUUCUGCUGGAAGCUGCGAAGAGCCUGUGGUCACAGUCAGGGUGGAGAGAGAAGGGGUGGGGUAGCCCCACAUGGAGUCUGUUUUGGUUGCAGGACUCCCCUGGAUUGUGUAGGCGUCCAGGUACACACUGGUAAGUGCGGUGCACAUCAGAGACGGCUGGAGGCUCAGCACCCUUGUGAGUUAACUAGGACCCCUGAAGGGACCUCUCAGGUCCAGAUUUAGUUUGAAGAAUAAGUUUUCCUUGACUUGGGCUUGGAGCUGUCAUGACAACGGGGUUGGGAGGGGAAAAAGCAGACCCUGGUUGAGGAGCCACUGGGUGGCCUGACUUGAACUGUGAGUUCCAGCGAGAAGCACUGUCUUCAUGUGAGACGCAAAAGGCGUGUUGAGAGAGGUCAAGUAUUUGCAACGCUGCCUUUCUCACUGGGGUUUUCCUUCUGGCUUUUCUGUGAAUUUGACCUGGCGUGGGGAAUGUAUGUCCAGAAGGGCAGGUUACUGGGCCCAGCAGAGACAAUGUGUCAUUGUCACAGCUGUGAGGUAUUUCCAGCGGGAAUGUCCACCCGGAGGGGACAGUUCUCCAUCUGUGCACUCUGUAUUCUCACAGGGCAGACGUCCCCUCGUGACCUUAACAGUGACUCUAAGGUGAACCAUUUGCUCAAGGAGACUGACCUCACCUGCUGCCGGGGCGUGUCGCUCACGUAUACUUGGGUGUGUUUGUGCACAGACAGGAGCACGCGGCAAAGAAUGGGCUGCAUUGACCGACAGCAGUUCUCAGCUGGUGCCUGCUGUGUGCCGUGUCCGGGUCCCAUUUAAACACAGCAUUUUUAUCCCCCUUUCAUGCAUGAGGCCCAGUGCCUGUAGGUGGGGUGAAGAAACAAUCCCAGGGCUGCCUGAUAUCCAAGUCUCAGCUCCUUUUCCUCUGCCCCACAUUAUUAGUGUGAAGACAUUUGGGACAUAAAACAUGAGCAGGUUCUAAAACCUCCCACAUGACGUGAGCCCAUUGCUGUCCCUUCAUCUGAGGGUGACCUUCGUCUCCCUGUAUGAGUCUGCUGGCAGUCUCAACAGUCUGGGGUGCUCUCUGCAUCUGCCUGCCAGGAGGAAGGUGAAAAGACCUACACAGGGGACACUGGGACCCCUUGAUUCUCCUGCCCUCCUGAACCCUCUGCCCUGAGUGGCUUUCUUGCAGCCACAUCCUUCAACCCAGGGAGGAGCAAAUCUGAGUCUCUGGGGUGCUCCAGGUUUGGCGGGAUGGGGUGCCCUGCUGCACACCCACGCUGGGGGCUCUCUCACACACUUCCACACACACCCCUGCACGUUCCCAGCACUUCCCAGCAGGGACGCUUUCAUUUGCUACAGGUGACUGGACGUUUUAUGGGUAACAUCCUGGUUUCUCUAGGGUGUUAUCCUUUUCAGGUUAGUUGACACAUCGUGGCAGUCUCAAAUCCCUUCUUUCAGACCAAGACCAAUGGGUGGUCUCCCAGGGCUCCGUCAGCCUCUGGGUCCUGGCUUGACCCUGGGCAGGGCUGCUUGGCAGGCAGAGCUGUUUCAGUGGGAGAUUCUGUCCUUUGAAUUCCCCAGCUUCCCUUGAGCUCCUCUGGGGACAGCUCAGGACUGUCCCCUUCACUGGGUCAGAACAUGCAAGGGGCAGGGACCACAUGGGUCUCAUCUGUCACUGUAUUCCAGGGCCUUGGAAGCACCUGCCCAUGCUGAGUGUAAAGUCAACAUGAGUAUGGAGGCCGGUGUCAGCUUUGCUACCCUGGGCAAGUUAAUAAAUUGCCUAAUAUAUGUUCUCAUCUCCACAAGGGGAAUACUCAAAUUUCUUGGGGAUUAAAUGAGAUAAUUCAGGUAAUUUGCUGCAUGCUUGAUGAGUCAUGUGCAGUUGUUGUGGCUAACUGCAAAUUAAAGCUGUGGAAUGCUCUUCCUCUUCUACUUUCUACCUCAGUAGCAGCCCUAGGAGGUGGUACCCAGGGUGAUAAUUGGUGUCUCUCAGCCAACCCUCACCAUUUUCACACUCCCUCUUGCUCCUAAUAUUUCCCUUCCCCAUUGCCUCUCCCUGAAUGCCCUGGUGGCUGCCCCUUCUCCAUCAGUGUCCUUGGGCAGAAGACACCUGGGGAUCAGGAGCUCGCUGACUGACUCUAACAUAGUGGGGGUGUUUGAGGGGUGACCUUUCAGAACACCUGGGCCUUUGUAUUGGGCCACCAGCCUAGAACCAGUAUGAUCCUUCUGCUAUUUAACAGCAUUGUCUGUUACUUUGACAGUGAACAGAGAUAAUGGAAGCAGUGAUGUUCUUUGAAGCCUAAAACAGUGGUAAAGGAUUUGAAAAAUAUUAUAUCUGUCCAACCCUCAUUUUAUAUAUAAUGAUAGCAUGAUCAUGAGUCAAAUUUGGUGAGGUUCCAAUGAAGAAUUUUUGGCGGAGCUGACAUUUUUAUAAAGCCAAAUUGUAUGAAAAUUGAAAACUGAAGCUGGGGAAGGGUGUUUUUUUUCAGCUUUUAAGGAAUUGGCUGGUAGGGAAGAUGGACAUUUUGGCGUUGACAUUAAAAAAGAUCUAAAUUGUAGAACCAACUCUGGCACAGACCCGAGACUCCUUUCCUCUGUUACGUAUUUUCUUUGUGUUUCUCCCGUCAUUUCCUGCUAUGUGCGGUGUACAAGUGGUAAAUAUAAAUUGGGUAAUUAAAUAUUUGAGCCUUUGUUUUCAAGUAUGAGGAUUCAUAGUAACUACCAGUAAGAAAUAGCUUUCUAAAUAAAUAGUGUGUGAGUCCACGUAGGUAGAACAUACUGUUAAUAGUCAGCUAUAGAAGGCAGAGACACAAUCAGCUCAAUAUUCUGUAGCAGGAAUAGUAACCAGUAGUUAUUUAUUUGAUUUCCAAGAAAAGUCAGAGACUUUUUUAUUUAGGAAGAAGCCAAAUCCAAAUGGUUGAAAUGAUAAUAGUGUCUGAGAUGAUUUGCUUGGAAAUAACCUAGUAGGAGUGGGGAAAAAGAUGAAGCAAGAUUAGCCAUAUGUUAAGUGCAUUUCAUGUAUCUAUUUGAAAUUUUCAUUAAGUUCAAAAGAGAAACUCAAUGUAAAUAUAUGAUGGUGCAGCAAUAUAUCAGAAUAUUAUGUAGCCAUUAAAGUAACACUUAGGAAGAAUUUUAAUGAUGUGGUAUAAAUAAGAAAAUCGGGAAGUCAAGCUGCCUAAUGCAAUAUGCAUGUUCAUGGACAUAAAAUAUUUGCAAAGAAAAAAUACUGGAAGGAGAUGAAAAAAUGACCUGUGCUUAACCUGCAUUGGUGGAAUUAUGAGUAGUUUUCAUUUUCUGUAUUUUCCACACUUUCUAUAGUAAACAAGAGGAACACAUAAUUUCCCACAAUUUGAGAAAAACUUUUUUGAAAAAAGGGAAGCUAAUCUGCAUUGUAUAAAUUAGUGAAGCAUUUGUUCCAGGGAUCUGUUUUCCAUUAAAUUGCUCCGGUCAGUGAUUAAAGGAGUGUGUGGUUACUAACUUGUGGCUGUGGAUGUGUGUUUGGCCUGUACUGUCCUGUACUCUGCCCGGGACUCUUUGCUGGGGUGUGUGCAGAUGAGGUCAUGCUGAAGGCAGUUGUCACCACCACUUAACUCCUUGGUAACUUCUGCUGAACAUGUUUCUAUAACAUGUAUUUCCAUCUGAUUUCAGCGAGCUGGACAUGAUUUCCACGAGGGUGAUGGACAUUAAGCUUCGGGAGGCCGCAGAAGGCCUUGGAGAGGACAGCACAGGAAAGAAAAAAUCGAAAUUCAAAACCUUUAAGAAAUUCUUUGGGAAGAAGAAGAGAAAGGAAUCUCCAUCGUCCACAGGAAGUAGCACCUGGAAACAAAGUCAGGCGAGGACUGAGGUCAUUGCCAUCGAGUCAGGGCCGGUGGGCUAUGACUCCGAGGAUGAACUGGAGGAGUCGAGGGGCACGAUGGGCAGCCGGGCCCUCUCCCAUGACAGUAUUUUCAUUCCUGAGUCCGGUCAGGACCCUGCUCGGCCUGUGCGAGUCUUCUCCCAAGAAAAUGUGUGUGAUCGGAUUAAAGCUCUGCAGUUAAAAAUACAGUGUAAUGUGAAAAUGGGGCCGCCGCCUCCUCCAGGGGUGCUUCCCGCCAAGCGGGGAGAAGAUGCCGGCAUGAGCUCUGAGGACGACGGGCUGCCCAGGAGCCCCCCGGAGAUGUCCCUGCUGCACGACGUGGUUACUGGCCCGACCAUAAAGGUCUCUUUAGUGUCCUCACCCCGGCCACUGUCUCCAGACCACGCAAGUGACACCACUGUCUCCCCGAGGAGCUCAGACGGCAGCCUGGCGCCUGUGGCUGACUUCAGUCAUCCUGCAGAAUCCUCCUCCUGCCUGGACAACUCCGCAGCGAAGCACAAGCUCCUGGUUAAGCCCCGCAACCAGCGGUCGAGUAAACUGAGGCGGCUGUCGUCGCGUGCACAGUCUGAAUGCCUGAGUGAUCUGACAUGGACCCUAGAGGAGGAGGAAUUUGAGGAGAAGCCAUUACCCCAAGCCUUCAAGGAAGAGAGCCCCAGCGCUGUGCAGCGGGACGUGGUGCUGGACAGAGGCCCUGGGCCUGCACUGCGGGCCAUCUUGCUGCAGCCUGGAGGGGCCCGAGCCAGACGCACCCGCCUGCAGCACUCCCCGGCACUCAGUGCCAGCAUGGAGGAGGCGAGCUCCCCUGGGCAUGAGCCCUCCAGCCGCCCGGCCACCCCAGAGGUCACUGAGCCCGUGUCAGUCCCGGCUUCAAGCGUGGAGUCCCCUUCUCUGCCAGAAGGCUCACUGCACCCUAAUCCCAACAGCGAACACCAGGAGGAGGUACUGUCCAGCACAGGCCUGAGCCCCCAGGAGGAAGUGCUGUCCACCAUAGGCCCAAGCCCCCAGGAGGAGGUGCCGUCCAUCACAGGCCCAAGCCCCCAGGCUGCAGACACAGCUGAGGAGGGGGUUUGUGCUUCUGAAGGUGCCGUAAGUCCGUUAUCUACUGAUGUCCCUGAGGAGGACACGACACCUCCUGAGACUGUCAUAGCAGUCACCUUGGAGACACUGGCUGGUCCAGACGGGCCAGACCAAGAUGUCCCAGACCAAGAUGUCUCAAACCAAGAUGUCCCAGACCAAGAUGUCUCAAACCAAGAUGUACCAAAACAAAAUGUCCCAGACCAAGAUGUCUCAAACCAAGAUGUACCAAACCAAGAUGUCCCAGACCAAGAUGUCUCAAACCAAGAUAUCUCAAACCAAGAUGUCCCAAACCAAGAUGUCCUAGACAAAGAUGCCUCAAACCAAGAUGUCCCAGACCAAGAUGUCUCAAACCAAGGUGCCCCACACCAAGAUGUCCCAAACCAAGAUGUCCUAGACAAAGAUGUAUCAAACCAAGAUGUCCCAGACCAAGAUGUCCCAAAAGAAGUGGAACUGACACUGGUGGUGCCAGAGCCCCAGGGAGCAGGGAAAGAGCCCCCUGCGGCCCCCAGCCCGAGCCCACCACCGCCCAAGAGCUGCCUGAAGCGCAGGGCGUCGGCUGCCAGCACAGGCCUCAGCGAGUCCCCUGCGGGGUCGCCUCUGAGGGAACCAGGCCCCUGCACCCUGGACAGAGAGGUCGCCCCGCCGGAGCGCCCCAAGGCUGAGCAGGUUGAGUCCCCACAGGGAGACAGGGUAGUGCCAGAGCGGAAAACCGAGAGAGGGGGCAGCGAGGGGCGGGGUGCGAAGAAGUUCUCAGUGUCCUCGUGCCGGGGGCGGCAGCGCCCGGGCAGCUCCCGCCUGCUGGAGCAUCCGGGGGCUUCCAGCGGCCGCCUGCCCCUGGGGAGAAGCGGCCCUGCCUGGAGGAGCGAGGCGGCUCUCGAUGACCUCCAGGGGCCUCCUGAGCCCCAGAGCCGGAAACCUGACCCUCAGAAGCCAUCGGAGUGUGACUCUCAGGACUCAGGGGACAGAGUGGCCAGCCCUACCACACCAGGUGCAAAAGAGCCCUGCCCGGCCGCCCAGGAGCCGUCCCCAGGUGAGGACAGAAACCCCUUCCCGGUCAAGCUCCGGUCCACCUCCCUCUCUCUCAAAUACCGAGACAGCUCGGCCCAGGAGGCAAGAGGGAUAAAGAGAUACAGUGCCGAGGUCAGGUUAGAAAAAGGAGGACUGACUUUGCUUCCGAAAGAUGAGAAAUGUCACCUCGGGACAGCCCCAGCCAUUCGAGGUGCCAGGUCCCCCAGCGACCAAGGAAAGGGGAAGGCCCGGUCACCUGAGCAGCUCAGCUCCAAACCACCCCUGCCCAGGAAGCCGCUCCUGCAGAGCCUCACCCUGCCGCACUCGUCCUCGCUCCCCGAUGCCAGCCCCAGAGAGCCGGAGCCCAGGAAGGAGAAGAGGUCGCUGCGCAGGGGAGCUGAAAAAGGUCUGCCUCCUGCAGCUACAGGGCCUGGAGCGAACGGGCAGCCCGCCCCGCCCUGGAUCACCAUCGCUCGGCAGAAGCGGCGAGGGGCCUCCGACCAGCCGCCCACCCAGGAGGACAAGCCUGGCGCACGGAGCCCGAAGCCUGAACUCGGAAAGCAAGCCAAGCCGCCCGAGAGACCCCAGGAGCCCGUGAAGCACCUGGACUUCGUCCGAAGCAAGUCGUUCCUGAUCACCCCUGCGAAGCCCCCCCUGGAGCGGAGGCGGGGGGUGGAGCUCAGCCUGCAGGAGGGGCUGCAGAGAGGGAUCUCGCUGUCCCACCAGAACCUAGCUCAGUCUGCAGGGAUGACGGAGAAGGAAUUGCAUCAGCUGAAGAGAGCCAGUUAUGCCAGUGCAGAUCAGCCCUCCUGGAUGGAACUUGCCAGAAAGAAAUCUCAAGCUUGGAGUGACAUGCCCCAAAUUAUAAAAUAGGUUGGCAGUGUGCUGAUAAAGCAUGUCCACUGUCUUGAAGGGUUACUUAGUUAAAAACUGCCAGUAAAUCAUGGCAAACAAACUGUGAAACUGAAGAUUGAUUUUAUCAUCUAGUUAUGAUGAGCUCGGGGAAGAGGAAGGAACCAGGCAAAACAGAGAGGAUAAACACACAGCCAUAACCCUGGGCCAGAGGGGCCCAGAAACAAGAACAACAUUGAAAAAAAAAAAAAAAAUCCAGGAACAAGUUCCUGUGCCCAAAGGUAUGAAUGUGAGUCUUUUAGAAUUCCCUUGAUAAAGAGGCCUCAGACAAGGAAGAAACCAGAAAUGAAAUUGGACACAUAGCUAGGAUGCCCUGCAAGACCAGAAGAGCAGCCGUUCCCGGAGAAGAGCGUCUGCACUUGCACUUGAGAUCAGCCCAUGUCUCUGGCCGCUAUCUUGCCUGUGGAUUCUGUCUUCUCCUUUCAUGUUUACUACUAGGCAUGACAUUCGUGGUAAAACAGGGAUGCCGUUUCCAAGAGCAGCUACAAAACAAUCUGUUUCCCUGAAGAUAGCCACUCUGAGAAGGAGAGGAGGGACCAUAGCAGGGUUCAUCAAUUCAUAGACUGUUUCCAGCAAUUUAAAAAUUGUUUAACCGAUUUUUAAACUUUUCCACUAGGCAUCUGUGUCCUUAAACCAUUGCACAAUGCAUUGCCUGUUUAAUAAAAGGUUUCAAACAUG